AUGGGGUCCCAGGUGCUGCAGCUGCUCCGGCAGGGCGUGUGGGCCGCGCUCACCGGGGGCUGGUACCACGACCCCGAGCACAGCAAGUUCACCAACAGCUGCCACCUCUACCUGUGGCUGUUCCUGCUGCUGCUGCCCCUGGCCCUGCACCUGGCCUUUCCCCCCACUGUGGUCACCGUGCUGUUUUACUGCAUCUCGGUGACUGUCUUCUUCACCGUCAUCAAGCUGGUGAGUUAUCGCCUGCAUCUCAUGUUCGACAAAGGUGAAGUGAUUCAGCAGCGGCCUCCCGGGGAGAGAGGAAAGCCAAGCUCCAGCAGGGGGGCCAGCAGCGCACACGCGGCUGGUCACAAAAACCCAAGCGGUUCCAGGCAUGUCCCCAGCGACAAGAAGGAAGACACCCCCGCGAGCCGCCCCACGCCACCGCUGCGCUGCAGCUCCGGAGAACAGAGCAUCCACUCCCGUCACUCUUCGGGGCCGUUGGAGUUGCCAGCUCAGGAAACCGUGGACGAUCUCGAAGGUGUCGCUCUGUCAGAAGAUCACCCCGGGGUCCCGGUGCCAUCUACCUCACCUGGUAUCAGGACAGAAAGCUUACCUGCUUCUCAGGUGCGCAUGCCGGAACCCACACCCACGCCUGUGGGCCUAGUGAAGCCAGUUACUGCUGAAACCCUCAUGGGCAGGAAGGGGAAGGAGCAAGGAGGCGUGGACCAGCACCCAGUCCACCACAGGUCUGAGGGCGGCUUGGUGGACAAAGGUACCUUGAAGAAGUUGCCACACCUGUCUUUGUCUCAGUAUGACUUACUAGAAACGGAUGUGUCCUUCCAGCCAUGGGGCAGUGAGAAUUCAGUGCUGAUCCCAGAAUCUACCAGUCACCCCCAGGGGACGACAAUUGGGGAGCAGCUGCUCCCCAGGUCGCCUCAGGACAGUCUGAGUAGCAGCUGUCCACAGUGCAACACUGUGGUGGCCAAGCUCCCAAAGGAGCUGGAGGAUACUUCCUGUCCUGUGCACCUGCCCUUGAACCGGGAAGUGGACUACUCGGACAGUGAGGUGGCUGUGACGCUCAUUGAUACCUCGCAACCGGGAGACCCCCUGAGUCUGCACGAACCCAUCAAAAUUGUCGUCACAAUGAGCAGCACCCCAAACUCCAUGACUGACCAGGAGAGCUCCCUCCACCUGAAGGCAACGGGCAUGGACAGAACUGGUCUCAGGUCUACUGGGGAGUCAGCUGGACCAGGAAUGGUCAGUCCUCCAACCCCUGAGCAGAUCAGAAUCCCUGUGAUCACCCUGGAGCUGUCUGAGGAUGGUGGAGGAGGCAGCACUUGUCCUGAGGGCCAUGGAAGUGAAAGGACCCCAGAGAGACUGAUGGUGGAGGCCUCAUCAAAUCAGUGUUCUGGCUAUGAGUCUGGGGAUGGCGGCAGUCCUGCCCCAAGGCUUGCCCUCACACCCAGUGUGGCCUCCAAGCCUGAGACAGGCAGGGAAGGCCAGGCAAGCCUGGACCCCGCCUUGUGUAAGAGCAGCCACGAGAAGAGACAUGCCCGUGUGCUCAGCGUGGAUAGUGGCACAGAUGUCUUCCUGAGCAGAAGUUCCGCAGAGGUGGCCAGUGACAAAGAGAAACCCAUACCAACCUCCAAAUCGGACCUGGAGGCGAAGGAAGGCCAGACGCCGAAUGAGUCUAACUUCCUGGAAUUUGUCUCCCUGUUAGAAUCCAUCAGUACCUCCAAGGUGACCCCCCAUCAGGGACAGGGUGCCGCAGGGCCCAGCGGAGCAAGCCGGCUUCUCAGAGAUCCUGGCUCCCAGGGGAAAAGGGAAGACACUCCAGAGAGCAGAGAGAAGCCCCGGGGAUUCGAUCACAGGCUGGGACAAGCAGACUUGCAAAGCCAAGAGCUCGGCGGUGCCAGCCCCGGGUGUGCGCCACCCGCCAAGACCACAGCCCUUUUCCAGGGCAAUAGACAGAGACAAAUAAUCUACAGGGUAACUUCCCAACAAGAUAGCUCUGUGUUGCAAGUCAUCAGUGGGCCGGAAACCUCUGUGCAGGACGAGAUGUCUGUAGAUGCUAUGCACGUCUUCAUCGAUGAACACGGGGAAAUCAAGUCCUGUUACCUGAAGUCUGGAAACCAGAAGGAAGGCUCUUUCCAGCACCCACCAGACAAUUACGACUGCAUCUCCCACACCCGAGAGAUGCUGGUCAGCUCUUCCAGCACUACAACUUCUGAGAGUCCAGAUCCGUCCUCUGGGGACCCUGCAGUCAGUGCCCUUCAGCAGCAACUAUUCCUCAUGGUGGCUCGAAGGACACAGUCGGAAACACCCCGGCAUGUCAGCCAGGAUCUGGAAAACUCGUCAUGUUCUUCAGCACAAGGAAAAUUCACUCCAGAGCAGUUUUACAAGUUUUUCAUUUUCCCUGGCAAGUGGAUUAAAGUCUGGUACAACCGCCUCACCUUGCUGGCCUUACUGGACCGCACCGAGGACAUCAAGGAGAACGUGCUGACGAUUUUGCUGGGUGUCCUGGUUUCCCUCCUGGGCUUCCUGACUCUGAACCGAGGUUUCUGCCAGGACCUGUGUGUACCGCUCUUCUGCCUGGUCAUGGCCAGCUGCCAGUACUCCCUGCUCAAGAGCGUGCAGCCUGACCCCGCCUCACCAAUACACGGACACAACCAAAUCAUAGCCUACAGCAGACCGGUCUAUUUCUGUGUGCUGUGUGGUCUCAUUCUGCUUCUUGAUACAGAGGCCAAAGCCCAGCACCCUCCCCGUUUCAUGGUGUAUGGCCUGAAGCUCUUCUCUCCGGAGUCCCUGCAGGUGGCGAGGGACUGCUUAAUAGUAUUUUUAUAUUGCUUCCCUGUGAUCUCCCUCCUCGGGCUCUUCCCCCAAAUCAACACCUUCUGCAUGCACCUUCUGGAACAAGUCGACAUGCUGCUUUUUGGAGGUUCCGCCGUUUCUGGGAUCGUGUCGGCGGUGUACAGCGUGGGCCGGAGCGUGCUGGUGGCAGCCCUGCUGCACGCCCUCUGCUUCAGCGCGGUGAAGGAGCCAUGGAGCACACAGCACAUCCCCGCGCUCUUCUCAGCCUUCUGUGGUCUCUUAGUAGCACUGUCCUAUCACCUGAGCCGGCAGAGCAGUGACCCGUCCGUGCUCCUGUCCUUUAUCCAAAACGGAUGGCUCCCUAAGUUUUUACAUCAAAACCUGGAAGAGUCGGCUGCAGACCCUCUGCCUCAGAAGAUGAAGGACUCAGUGAAGGACAUGCUGAGGUCAGACCUCGUCAUCUGCUUGGUGGCCGCCGUCCUCUCCUUUGCAGUCAGCGCGAGUACCGUAUUCCUGUCCUUACGACCCUUCCUCAGCAUUGUGCUGUGCGUCCUGGCAGGCACCGUGGGACUGGUCACCCACCACCUGCUGCCUCAACUCCGCAAGCACCACCCCUGGAUGUGGGUGUCUCACCCUGUCCUGCGGAGCAGGGGGAACCAGCAGCAGCAGGAAGCAGCAGAUGUGGCCCAUUUAAUGUGGUUUGAAAGACUCUAUGUUUGGCUUCAGUGUUUUGAAAAAUAUAUCUUGUACCCAGCAAUAAUUCUGAAUGCCCUGACUAUUAAUGCGUUCUCGAUAAGCAAUUACCAGAGACUUGGUACCCACUGGGACAUUUCCCUCAUGGUCAUUGCAGGAAUGAAGCUGCUCCGGACUUCCUUCUGUAACCCGGUUGCCCAGUUUGUGAACUUGAGUUUCACCGUGAUCUUCUUCCACUUUGACCACAAGGAUGCUUCAGAGGGCUUUCUGCUAGACUUCUUCAUGGUGUCCAUUUUAUCUAGCAAGCUCGGGGACCUGCUCCACAAGCUACAAUUCGUCCUGGCCUAUGUGGCCCCUUGGCAGAUGGCUUGGGGGUCUUCCUUUCACGUGUUUGCCCAGGUCUUCGCUGUCCCCCACUCCGCCAUGCUGCUCUUCCAGACCCUCGCCACCUCGGUGUUCUCCUCGCCCCUGAGCCCAUUCCUGGGGAGUGUCAUUUUCAUCACCUCCUACGUCAGGCCUGUGAAAUUCUGGGAGAAAAACUACAAUACAAAGCGAGUGGAUAAUUCCAACACGAGACUGGCGGUCCAAAUUGAAAGGGAUCCAGGGAACGAGGACAACAACCUCAACUCCAUCUUUUAUGAGCACCUGACAAGGACCCUCCAGGAGUCGCUGUGUGGGGACUUAGUCCUUGGCCGUUGGGGGAACUACAGCUCUGGUGAUUGCUUCAUUUUGGCUUCAGAUGACCUCAAUGCUUUUGUCCACCUGAUUGAAACUGGAAAUGGUCUAGUCACCUUUCAGCUUCGAGGACUGGAAUUCCGAGGAACCUACUGCCAGCAGAGGGAGGUGGAGGCCAUCACGGAAGGUGAUGAGGACGACAGAGGCUGCUGCUGCUGCAAGCCCGGCCACUUGCCCCACCUGCUGUCCUGCAACGCGGCCUUUCACCUGCGCUGGUUCGCCUGGGAGAUCACGCGCACGCAGUACGUCCUGGAAGGCUACAGCAUCUCGGACAACAAUGCGGCCACCAUGCUGCAGGUGUUCGACCUCCGCAGGAUCCUCAUCCGCUACUACGUCAAGAGUAUAAUAUACUACAUGGUAACGUCCCCCAAGCUCCUCUCCUGGACCAAGAAUGAGUCACUCCUGACGUCCCUACAGCCCUUCGCCAAGUGGCAUUACAUCGAGCGUGACCUUGCAAUGUUCAACAUGAACAUCGAUGACGACUACGUCCCGUGUCUCCAGGGGAUCACACGCGCUAGCUACUGCAACGUCUACUUGGAGUGGAUUCAGUACUGUGCCGGGAAAAGACAAGAGCCUUCCAAGGCCCUGGACAGUGUGGACAGUGAUGAGGACUCCGCUCUGGUGACCCUGUCCUUUGCUCUGUGCGUCCUGGGGAGGAGAACUCUGGGAACUGCCUCACACAAUAUGGCUGUCAGCCUGGACUCCUUCCUGUAUGGCCUGCACACCCUCUUCAAAGGCGACUUCAGGGUGGCAGCCCGGGAUGAGUGGGUGUUUGCUGACAUGGACCUACUGCAUAAAGUCGUCGCCCCGGCCAUCAGGAUGUCCCUGAAGCUACACCAGGACCAGUUCACCUGCCCGGAUGAGUACGAAGACCCUGCGGUCUUGUAUGAGGCCAUCCAGUCCUUCGAGAAGAAGGUGGUGAUCUGCCAUGAGGGCGACCCAGCCUGGAGGGCCGCAGUGCUGUCCAACAGGGAGGAGCUGCUUACACUGCGGCACGUGGUGGACGAGGGGGCUGACGAGUACAAGGUUAUCAUGCUGCACAGAGGCCUCCUGACCUUCAAGGUGAUCAAGGUGAACAAGGAGUGUGUCCGUGGGCUCUGGGCCGGGCAGCAGCAGGAGCUCAUCUUCCUCCGAAACCGCAACCCAGAGCGGGGCAGCAUCCAGAACAACAAGCAGGUCCUGCGGAACCUCAUCAACUCCUCCUGUGACCAGCCCCUGGGCUACCCCAUGUAUGUCUCCCCGCUGACCACGUCCUACUUGGGCACCCACAGGCAGCUACAGGGUGUCUGGGGUGGCCCUGUCACGCUGGACAAUGUGAGGACAUGGUUCCAGGCCAGGUGGCUGAGAAUGCGGAAGGAGUGCAGUGCCAGCCAGCGCAGCGGUGGCAACAUUGAGGAUGUGGGUGGCAGCCACGCCCCAAAUGGUGACAGCCGGGAAAGCAGCAUGGAACAGCCCAGGAAAGGGGGCACCCAGCAUUGGGAGUCACCCCACGGAGGGCCUCAGAGGACAGGUACGAUGAAGGGCAGAAGCCAGUCUGUCCAGGCACACUCGGCACUCAGUCAGAGACCACCGGCCCUGAGCUCCUCUGGCCCCAUCAUGGAGAGCCGCCAGGCCUUCCUGCAGACGUCUUCCUCAGUGCACGAGCUGGCCCAGAGACACUCAGGCAGCCGGCUAUCCUUGCACACCUCAGCUGCAUCCCUACAUUCUCAGCCACCACCCAUCACCACCACGGGCCACCUGAGUGUCCGUGAGCGAGCUGAGGCCCUCAUCCGCUCCAGCCUGGGCUCCUCCACCAGCUCCACGCUAAGUUUCCUCUUCGGCAAGAGGAGCUUUUCCAGUGCACUUGUCAUUUCUGGACUCUCGGCUGCAGAGGGGGGCAACACCAGCGACACCCAGUCUUCCAGCAGUGUCAACAUCGUGAUGGGCCCCUCAGCCAGGGCUGCAGGUCAGGCCACACGGCACUUUUCCGAGCCAUGUGACCCCUCAGAUUCCGCUGAGCAGGGCCAGCUUCAUGACCGAGGUCUGGCCGAGGCCAUGGCAGAGAACCUGGGGGUGAUGUGCAGAAGAGCCAGCCAGGAGGACAUGGGCCUGGACGACACAGCUUCCCAGCAGAGCAUCUCGGGCGAGCAGUAGGAAGCACAUGGUCUGGGGAGAAC